ACUUAUACAUCAGUGGGCAAUCGUAGACACAUGCAGCAGAUCGUCUGACAAGUGACUGCUCUAAAGGAUUUGCAGUAACAUAUGGAUUUAUAUGAUUGAUGUGUGACUCGACAUCGAAAAUCUGCUCGAAAUUCUGUUGUCAAAGGUGGCUUACUAAAUGUAUACAGCGACUACUUUCUUCGAUGGGAACUGCACUUCUGUUCAGACUGCUCGGCUUGUUUACUGGCAUCUCAAUGCUUCAGCAGGUGAUCAGCUGGAACAUCAAUGUACCCAAAACAGUUACUGCAGUGGAGGGGAGCUGUGUUGUGGUGCCAUGUCAGACAAAACCUCAUUCUAGGGUCAUAUGGUACCAGUACCAUACAAUAAAUUAUCCUGUUGUGUAUGAUGGACGCCGUCCCAAUGCAGUGGAAAAACAGUUCAGAGGACGCACAUCAAUACUGGGUGAAGCUUCAGAGGGGAACUGCAGCCUGAUGAUAGAUAAUGUAAAAACAUCCGACAACAACCUACGAACUUAUGUUUGGAUCGACCCAGACUCUGACUCAACUCAGAAAUUCCAUCAUCAAACUGUAACUAUCUCUGUCGAGAGAAACACUAUUAAAAUGCAGAUUCAGAAACGGAUAGUGAAUGGGGAGAUGUUCCAGGCUAACUGCAGCGUAAAGCACCCCUGCCCUUCCUCACCACCAUCCCUUCAUUGGAACAAAAGUCCAUUUCUAAACGACUCCACUUCAAUGACUUUUGACACGCUUGGACAGGGCCAAUGGUGGCAUACAGAGACACUUCAUGGACUAGCAACCUAUAAAAUGCAUAACAGCAAAAUGUGGUGCUCUGCAAAGUUCACCAAAGAAAGUGAACGGACAACACUCAACGUUUUAUAUGAACCUGUGAAUGUGACCCUGACACAGCAAAAGGAACCAGUGAUGGAGGGUGGCAGUGUCACCCUGGACUGUGCUGCUGACUGUAACCCACAACCACACACGUACAAAUGGCUCAGAAGACAGAUGGGUCAGAUCAAGGGAAUAAAUUCAACUGAGAAAAAAAGACCCUUCAACAAUAUCACGCGAGAUACCUCUCUCUCCUGCAUCGCUUACAAUGACAUUGGAACAAGGCAGUCCGACUGGUUGGAUCUGGACGUUCAAUAUGCCCCUGUAAUCCUACCGGAGUCCUCCUGCCUCCUGACAGGGAAAAGUCUGAAGUGUGUCUGCAGGGCUGAAGCGUCGCCUUACCCCUCUAUACACUGGACCAUUGAUGGAAAUUACACUCUUCCGUCUUCCUUCAGCUUUGUUUCCACAAAUCUAGUCUCUGGGGAAAUAAAUUGUGCAGCUCAAAAGCAAUCCAACAUAUGUUGCACCGCCACAAACUACCUGGGCAGCAACACAAAAUUGCUGUCCGUAGAAACAUCCUCCAUGUUUAUCUGGCUGUUAGCUUUUGUGAUCCCAGGAAUUGGUUUGCUAUUUGGAAGUGCAGUGUUCAUUUGCAGGGAAACAUGGAGAAACAGACCGCCAGCAUACGUUGUGUGCAACACUGAUAUCCUUUUAAGGGAACAAAGCUUACCUGACAUCGCAGAACAAGAAGAGAGAUAUGGCAACUUUGAAAGAUUUCAAGCUGAGGACAUACUAUCACCAUGCGGACCAGAUAAAGGCUCAGAUGAGGACAGACUUUCCUGUGUUUAUGACAAUGAAUUUUUGGAAGAUAUGAAAGAAACCAACCAGAGCUCAACAGCACCACAAUAACAAAAUGGCUCACUGAAGAGAAUGCAAAAUACAGCCACAAGCAAAGGAUAAAAAUGGAACCAGGGGUGAGGAGUGAGGUCAUUCUCUCAGUUUACAUCAUUUCCUUUCUCCUUGGCCUCCCAACAAACCUUGUGGCUCUCUACGCCUUCAGCGUCAAGAUCAACUCCAAGCCCGUUUUAACAGACAUCCUGCUUCUCAAUCUGACGGUCUCUGACCUGCUCUUUCUGAUCAUCCUUCCUCUCAAGAUGCAUGAGGCAGUGUCAGGCAUGCAAUGGCAUUUAUCCAGCGUCCUGUGCUCCAUCAC